CAUAAGAAAUAAUAGUUUUAAAAAACUUAUCUGCGUUGUAAAUUUGUUUAGUAAUUAAAAAAAAAUACCCAUCUGGGAAGCACUUCAUUCAACCAGUAAGCUUGUAUUUUUAAGGCAGCGAAUAUCCUCCCUUAGUUGGCGUUCGUCAUACUCACUGUUUUUAUUAGCUCAGCAUUAGUUCUAGAUUUCCAGCGUGCAAUUUUCUAUUCUAUUUGGAUAGCAGAAUAAGGAAGCAUAAGGGUCGGCUCUAGCUAAGUUAUCAGACGAAGAAAGAAGAUGUCACAGAAAAUUGUGUUGAGAGCGGACAUCAGCUGUGAGAAAUGCAAAAGGAAGAUCAUGCAGACUGUUGCGGGCGUCGAAGGCAUUGAAUCUGUUCAAGUGGAUUCCAAAGAUCAAAAAAUCACUCUUAUAGGAGAUGCAGAUGCAGUUUCCAUUAUCAACAAACUCAGAUCUUUUACUCGCUCGGAGUUAGUGAGCGUUGGGCCUGCCAAAGAACCAGAGAAAAAACAGGCAGAGAAGAAGCCUGAGAAGAAGGAUGAAAAGAAAGACGUAAAGAAGGAUGAAAAGAAAGAUGACAAGAAACCUGCUCCCAAAAAGUGAUGAGGAGUUAGAGAAGAAAUAAGAAAAGAAGCAGGCAUAACUUGGUGUAAACUUUGUUUAGGGAUCCCAAUGCCUGCAGGUUACACUAUAUGUUUUACUAUUGCAGGAACAAAGAGUGUUUUCAAUUUCAAUUUCAAUUUUUGUAUUGAUAUGUACAGAAGUUGUAGCGGACAGCUUAAAUCAUAUAUAUUAAGUUCUGAUU